GCUGAUAUUUGGUUUUCAUUCUUUUUCUGCUGUAGAUUCCUGGGAGCAGCUCCUCCCCUGGGGUCAUGUGGACACUAUAGUCAGUAACCCACCUUAUGUCUUCCAUGGAGACAUGACUCACCUGGCUGAAGAGAUCCUCAGCUACGAGGACCUUGGUGCCCUGGAUGGGGGAAAUGAUGGGAUGAGAGUGAUCAAAAAAAUUCUGGCUCUGGCUCCUUGUAUCCUGAAGGAUCAUGGGAGUGUGUUUCUAGAAGUUGAUCCCAGACACCCAGAGAUGGUGGAGAACUGGCUGCAGAAUCACCCUGAUCUGUCCCUCUCCGUCUCUGCUACCCACAAGGACUUGUUUGGAAAGCCAAGGUUCCUACACGUCCAAAAGCAUAAAGCAGGUGACCGCAUCAACAAGAACAGCUUUGCUUGUCCGAGCGUUCAUCUCCCUGGAGUUUCUUACUGAGUCGUCUGUUGAAUCCCUGCACAGCAACAGGAACCUGGCCCUCCACUGCAUUUCCCAGCAUUCUGAUCUCUUCCGAUGGUCACUGGUGCAUCCAUUGCUGACAGAGAAUUUCACUUGGAGGAUCACUAGAAAGGAGGUGGGGCAGGGAUCCGAGUCUGCAGAGGUGUUUCAGCUCCCACAGAUGGUCGGACACAGAUUAUUAGCUCAGUCAGCUAAAGCAAGAAAUAGGUAUGAGAACCUAGCAUAGAGGGAAUCUCAAUUCCAAGCAUCUCAUUUUGUUGAAGCUGCAAAUACAUAUGAUAAAAAUACAACUUCUCCAUGCAUCAAAUGGCACUUUUAGUUUGUAAUGAACAGCAUAGGUCUUGCCCUGGAAAAAAAACUUAAGAUUGUUGGUAGGUCUGUUUUGUUUUAAUUAUUAUUUUUUAAACCUCCA